CAGUUCCGCAGCCGCUCUUUCCCAAUCUCGCCCAGCUCGGAGCGCGAGGCGGGCGGUUGAAGUUCAGGGGGCUGCUGUGCCCGGCCGGGGGCGAGCUCCGUGGGAGCUGGCCGCAGGGCGGCGGCUCCAGCCCCCGGGGGAGCGGGUCUCUGCGGAGGGCGGCCCGCCGCGCCGCGCCGCCGGCUUGGCCCCGAUGGAAGCCAGCCUGACCUGCGCUGUCUGCCUCGGCCUCUUUGAGGAUCCGGUCACGCUGCCGCUCUGCUCGCACAACUUCUGCAAGGGCUGCGUGCUGGAGUGCCUGGCCUCCGGGGAGCCCGGCCCGCUCCCCUCGCCCCGCGCGGGCCAGGGCCUGCGCUUCUCCUGCCCGCUCUGCCGGAAACUCUGCCCGCUGCCGCGCGGCGGCUACGCGGCGCUGCCCGUCAACACCACGCUGGCGGAGGUGGUGAAGCUGUACAGGGCCGGCGGGGGCAGGGCGGGGCCGGGGCGCGGCGAGGCGGGGGCGCUGAGCCCCCCGCCGGCGGUCGGAGCAACCUGCGAGAAGCACCCGGCCCGGCUGGUGCAGCUGUACUGCCGGAUGUGCCGCCAGGCGGGCUGCGGACAGUGCGUGUCUGAGGGGCACCAGGGCAUCUUCCACGCCGUCAACCUCCUGGACACCGUGUACCAGGAGGAGAAAUUAACCUUCUUUAGCAGCCUGAAGAAACUGAGAGCAAUAAAUGAGAACUUGGUGAAGGAACUAUCAAGUCAUCCAAAAGAUACUGAGAUCUUGAACAAAGAAGCAGAGAUAAUUAUGUUGGAAUUUGAAGAAAUUUUCAAAACUCUGGAAAUGAGAAAAAAGGAAUUGCUAGAAGAUAUUGAAAGUCAGAGAAGUAAGAAAGAGAAGGAAUAUCAAAUUUGGAAGAAAAUGAAGGAAACUCACAAGAAAACCAUUGAGAGUUUCCUGAAGGACUGUGAAAAGCUUGUUGAUGAAUGUGAUCCUGAGCGUUUCCUGGAGGUGGCAUGUGGCUUGAAUAAAAGAAUGAAGACUCAGCUUGACCUGAUGCACAUAGCAUCUAGCUAUGAAAAAGCACCAGAGUCUACCCAAAAGCAAAUGGACAUCAAAUCUGUGGUUAAUGAAAUCUUGGCCUUGCAGCUGACUUCAGUUGAUUCAUUCAUUGUUAAAGAACUUUCUUCUGGAGGAAAUGAAGGUUUAACUGGAAAGUGUGUGUAUAAAAAUAGUGCAAAACAAUGGAAAGAUCAGAAAAACAUACACAGCACAUAUUAUCCUGUAGUGGGACAUGAGGAAACUUUGACUGACGGUAGUAAGAUCUGUACUCGCUUAAUGUCAAUAUCAGAAAUGUCAGCAUUUCAAAACAUGAGUCAUGAGGAGGUACGUUAUAAUUAUUAUAUGGAUCAUCGGAAAUCAGAUCCGUUGAAGAUGCAGACUUCACCUGCAAAUACAAAGCAUACAUUUGUGAUAACUGAUUCUUUGAAGGAUACAUUCUCAGCAGUUCCUCUUCUGUCCUCACCUCCCAAAGUGAAAGAUGCACAGAGAAUAAAAACACAAAAAUUACAAAGAGGAAGUUUUAGUAACACUAGUUUUUCCAGUUCCAGUAGUUACAGAUUCAGCUUUCCACCUGUGAACUGGAAUUUCUCUGAAUUGAACAGUGACUUGAACUUAUUUAAUGGAACAAGAUCUCCGGAAGUAAGCAAACUAACCUCCACAUCAGAAAAUUCCAAUGGCUUGGUAAUAAAAAACAAAGUAAAAAUGGAAGAGUCAUCACCGGUUCCCAUUUCUGCAAAAACACUAGCAAGUCCUAGCACUUCACCUGGCUUACCAGCAUCAGCAAUAAAACCUGUUCCUGUUUCAAAACCAAACUUUUUAGGUGCUCCUACUCAGAGCCUUUCUGUUCCACCUUUUAUCCCCAAUUCGGGUAAUGACUCAUCAUUACCCAAUUUAAAUAAGGCAGCAGCUACAUUUUUCUUCAAAAAAGAGAAGAAUAAUUCGGUUUUCCCCACUUUUUAUGUGGGAAGAUGUGAUACUCAAGAUAAAAUGGGCAAUCAACAUGGAAAUUAUACGAAGUUUAACUCUUCAGCUUUAACUGAGGCUAAAGCUUCUGCUGCCUCUACAAGUCCUAAACUAGGAUCAUCAGAAAGUGGAAAGCCAGUUUUUUCAUUUACCUUUAGCAAUUCGGAAAGAGAUUGUUUUACAGUAUCCAAACUCAGCAAUUCAUUGAAGAUGUCACCAUUUUCAAGCGUAUCUGAGAAGCCAGCUGAACAAAGUACAAUAUUUCAAACCGGAAAAGAGAACGUUUCUGUAAGCAAAGACGUAAAAUAUAACUGGCUAAAAUCUCCUACAGUAGUCCCACAGGAGCAGAGUGCCAGUACCCCUGAUUCCACUGCUGCUGUAGCCUGCACUACAUCUAGUAGUGACGCUGGGAAGAAAGAUGUUUCCAAGAGCCAGCCUGUCCCCUGUAGUAAUAUAUUUUCCUUCUCAUCCAAUAAUUGUAUUCUGGAAUGUAAAUCUUCACCUGUAACCUCAUUUGAAGGUUCUGUCAAAAGUACUUCCAACUCACUACCUUCCUCCUCGAUGCUGUUUUUAUCGAAUAGUGAAAUUGAAAAAAUGAAAAUAGAAUCAAUUGACAAAGCACAUCCAGUUGUAGAAAAAUCUACACCUUCAAUAUGUGCAGUAGCCAUAUCUGAACUUACAAGUCCAAAGUGUACCAAUUCCUUUUUUUCUUUUGACCUAUCUAUGAAGACUGAAACUGAAGACACGCUUGCUCAACAGAAUUCUUUGUGUGGUCCAGCUAUAGUCAACUCUCUGUUUUCAACAGGCUUUCCUAGUAAAGAAAGCAAUGUAUUUUCCACUCAUCCUAGUGUUGCAUCAAUUAAACCUCAUAUAGAUGUGAAAGUUGAAGAUAAUGUAAAUAUUGCUGAAACCUAUAAGUCACACCAAGAUUUAGAAGAGAUUUCUAGGAAGCAAGAUGAACUUGACACUCUGCAGUUACAGAAUGCAGCUUGUCUUAGUCCAGUGACAUGUGAUGGUACAUUUUUAGGAGGCUCAGCACAUGCAGUAGGUAAAGAACAUGAAACACUAAAUCAUUCAGACUCUGAUACAGAAGAGCUAAGUCAAGCAUCAAUGUCUAGUGACUGUAGCAAUGCAUCAGAAUAUUUUUUGGUGGCAGAAGACAAAAUAACAGUUAGUGAAAAACCAGGUACAUGCACCAUAGAGAACGAAAUUGAAGAGAAUUCCCUUCAAGGACAGGAAAUUAAGUCUACGUCCAUACAGAACAGUUGGUCAGAAAUGUAAACGAAUUUUCUAGAAAUAUUGGUCUUGGGCAAAUCUCUUUCAGUUUACAGUAACGUAUUUAUCAUAGUCUGUUGAAUCUAUCCUGUAUGUAUAUGCAUCUCCAGAUAUUUAGAUUAGUGAAAUGUGCCUUUUACUCUCUGAAAAGGUACAUUCUAAAACCAGCAACCAGCUAAAAUAGGGCUAGAAUAAAGUAUGCCUUUUAAUAAAAACAAACAUAUAGAUUUGAAAGGCUGUUCUUUCUAACCUUGUGCGAUAUAUUGAAUAUAAUCAAGUGCUGCAAGUUAUUUUCUAUAAUAAUUCUUAGGUGACAAGAAGGUGGUGUCUUUGCAUGAAAUGUUUAUACUUAUAAAAUUUUAGACACUGAACAGGAUAUCUAAACAAAUCUGUCAUAUCAGAAUACAUAGUUAAUGGCUGAAGUGAUGAUAUUUCUUCUUGAGUUCUAAUCUUCUGAUCAAUUUCUCCAGGUUCAGUUAUUGAUCUUUACUGACCUCUAUAGAGGAAGCAAGUAUUGAAUGCAUUAUUAAAGGCAAAAUUUUAGUUACAGUAGUUGUCACUAAUUAAGUAACAACUUUUGACAUUCUGCGCUAUAUAAAAUGGUACCAAAACUCUUCCCAAUAGGUAUAUUUAGUAUCUUCUGUACCACUACUGUUUUCAUCCAAGUUUUAUGCUGAAUUAGAUCCAACAAAGAAGUGACUUUUGUAAUAAUGUCUUCAGUACCACUUGACGUGGUUUUUCUGUGGCAUAGAGUUCUUGGCUCAUCCAUCAUCCAGGCUAUACAUGAUACUAAUAUAAUGUUGUUCUCAUUGACUUCAUCAAUAAUUAGAAUGAUAACACUCGCAGCUGAUGCUGUUAAGAGGUUGGGAUUCAGAAUUGUUCUUAAUUACUAAUGUUAUGCUUAACUUGUACACAGUGUAUAGGAAAGAACACUGGAAAUCAUUUUCUAGCUAAUCUUUAUAGCAUGGAUUUAUUUGCUUAUCUGUUAGCACCAGUGUCAAGUGCUUAGUAUAUCACCACCUAAUAUAUUAAAAUAUUUAAAACCAACGGUA